ACCAGAAAACUAUCAGAACCCCAAAGACCAAAGUUUCCACCUUUUCAAAUUUCAAGAAUGCAGAGAUCAACCAAGAGAACAACUUCAAUCAACCAUCUCUCACAACCCAAAUUCAGUGACGAACAAGAGUUUUCAAUCAUGGUUGAUGCUUUAAAGAAUGUUAUAACGGAUAAUACUCACAAUUCUGCUUUCAUGGAUGCCAGUACCAGUGCCAGUGCUACAUUUUCAUCACCUUCUACGAGUAUGUCUAGUUUUAUUGACCCGCCCUUGUUUCGGGUUCCCGCAGAACCAGAGCCUUGCCAAUUCUGCAGAAUAAGUGGUUGUUUAGGCUGCAAUUAUUUUGGAACCCCAGUGGGUGAUAAUAACAAGAACAAGACGAAGGUUGUCGCGAAGAAGAAGAAGAAGAAGAAUUACAGAGGUGUGAGACAGAGACCUUGGGGAAAAUGGGCUGCGGAAAUAAGAGAUCCAAGAAGGGCUGCCAGAGUAUGGCUUGGAACUUUUACUACGGCAGAGGAUGCAGCCAGAGCUUAUGAUAGAGCAGCAAUUGAGUUUAGAGGCCCUAGAGCUAAGCUUAAUUUCUCAUUUGCAGAUUAUACAACAAUUCAACAUGAGCAGAAUAAUAUUACGACAACUUCACCCUCUUCGCCUCAGCCACAACAACAGCAGCAACAACAAGAGCCUAUGCAGGGAAUUAACACAGAAGAGGAAUUCUGGGAUCAAUUAAUGAUGUCGGACAAUGAAAUUCAAGAUUGCUUGAGGACGAUGAAUUUCAACGGCGGAUCUUCUUAUUCUGCUAAUGGAUAUAUUGCUCAUGGCUUCUGAUCACUUUCAAUUAACAGUAAGGAAAGCAAAAGAAAUUUAUAGUGGACUAGGUUGUUUUGCAGGUGCCCAUUUAGUUUUAUAAAUUUGGGCAUCUGAAUUCUGAAGAUGUACUUCAUUUUUAUUCUUUAUUAGAUUGUAUCACACUGUAAGGGGCAGUUUGGUUUAAGGGUAGGUAGGUUAACCCAAUAUAAAUUUUUAAAUUAAACAUAUUCCAUGUUUGGUUGGA